AUGCAUCGUAGUUUACAAGAAUUACUUCUCGAUGAUUAUCUAGAUUUCGAUGAUAAUAUUAAUGAUAUUGAUGAUCAUGAUAAUAUUUCUAUAUCUUUCGAUAAUGAUCAACAUAUGCGUUAUAAUAUGAUACAUAAUGAAAAAACUAGUAAAGAUUAUUUUCGUGAGAUUCUUCAUCAUCCAAUUUAUGAUUAUUUCAUGGCUUUUGUUGUUAUAUCAUGUUCGCUAACACUUGGAUUAAGUUUAGAAACAGAUGAAGAAUAUCUUAGAAAUGAAUAUCGUCAAAAAUUUAUUUAUAUUUUUGACGAAAUAUUAAUUGCAAUAUUAUUAUUUGAGUUUAUUAUUAAACUAUAUAUAGAAUCUAAUCAUUAUUGGUUUAAUUGGACGAAUCUUUAUGAUUUUACAAUUAUUCUUUUUGGUGUUAUUGAAAUUCUUUGGAAUUUAUUUUUUCAACAAAUCAAUUCAACAAUAACAAAUCUAUUAAAAGGUUUUCGAUUAUUACAAUUAAUACGUUUAUAUAGAAUUAUAAAAUUAUCCGAAGGAUUACAAGUAUUAACAAAGGCUUUAAUUAAAACAGUAUUGAUAUAUACAUUCAGUGUUAGUAUGCUUGUUUUUCUGUUAAUUUAUAUUAUUGCUGUUAUUGGACAAAUGCUUUAUGGAAAAGCAGAAGAUAGCCCGUGGCAUGAUUUUUCAACAUCGUUGAUUAUCGCUAUGAGAUUAAUAUUUGUUGAUAAUUGGAAUUUAAUUAGACCUGAACUUGAAAAACAUGGUAGUCCAACAAUAUCACGAUGGUUUUUAGUAAUUAUAGUUUUUAUUGGUAAUCGUAUUGUUACUAAUGUUCUUGUUGGAAUAAUGAUUGAAAGUGUAUCGUCUGUAAAUGAUGAUUAUAUGAAAGAAAAACGUGAAAAAAAAAUUUUACGUAAUCAACAAAAACGUGAAGAAUUAAAUAGACGUACAAUCCAAGUAUUAAAUACACGUUUUUCAGAUACAACUAAUAAAAUAAAUACAACAGAAAAUACAAUAGAACAAAUUAAAGCAAAACUAAAAUUAAUUCAUAAUGAAAUCAUUAGACCAAAAGAUUUUAUAUUUUCUGUUAAUUGGUUAGAAAAAUUAAUUGCAUGCAGUGAAAAAUCUCAUAUUGAAGCUAAAUCAGUUCGUCAUCUAUUCAUUCAUAUUAUUCAAUCAUUAUCUGAUAUUAUUGAUGAAAAUGAUAGUUCAAUAAAACAACAUCAUAUUUAA